AUGUUUUCUCCCAGGGAUAGUUUCAAUUUCUUUGAUGACCCAACUUUUGGUAUUAACCUCCAACCUCUCACAACGACGUAUGUUGAAGUGGAAGAUUUGGAAAAUGAUAUCAAAAGAUUAUCAAGUCUGUUCUAUGAAGAGACUGUUCAUCUUAGUUAUAAAUUACCCAAUUCUUUAAAGAAGUCUCGAAAUUUCUUACAACCAUACCUUAAUAUUAAACCUAUUAAACAUUCAAGACAAAACUAUACACAAUUAACAAACUAUAUAGACCAAUCAAAAGACUUAGUUCAAGAGUGUAAGUCUUGUUUUAGUGAUAAUGUUGGUGUCAAUGAUAUAUUAAGGGAUAUACUGCGUGAUAUGGAUAGGUUAAAGGUACAUUAUUGUUCAGAUGGUGGUAUAUUUUCAUCUUUAUAUGGUGAUCAAUGUGGUAAUUCAACAUUUACUUCAUUUAAUUACAAUAAUAAUAAUGUUAAAACAUUUAUUACAAUGUCACCUCAUCCUGGUAAUGUAGUUGAAUUUUAUAAAUAUUAUACAAAUUUUAAAAUUAAUGGAAUUAAUUUCAACAAUUUCACAAAAUGUAAAUUAAAUAAAAAAAUUAAAUAA